AUGGCCCUCCGCGAGCUCGGCGCGCGCCUGAGCUGCGCCCUCCGCACCGAUGCGCGCCCCUGCUUGAGCGCCGCCGCGCCCCUUGGCCGCCGCAAUGCCUCCUCGUCGCCGGCCACGGACCCCAGCGAUGACCUGGAGGACGCCUCGUCGUUCGCCGCGCCGCCCCCGGAAGGAGAAAUCAUCAAGACAUGGGAUCCGAUAGGGCGGCAGAAGCAGAGAGCAAGGCCCUUGCCAUCCAGCAGAUACCAGUUCCGAUCCCCCAAGUACUACCGUGGCCCUCUGCAUCCACACCAACCUCCGCCCAAGGCCGAUCCGUCCUCUCGCCUGUUCAUCCCCGGACCGUUCACAUCGCCGCGCCUGGAGCAAACCUACGAAAGCACAAUCCAAUCCGACCUGAUGACCUUGGCGUACCACCAUCACCCCCCAGGCUAUCGUGCACCGCCAAAGUCACAGAGAUUACGAGAGUGGGUUGGCGAUUCACCAUACUUCAAGAACCGCCCUCUGAGAGGCCCUCGCGGUGGAGACACACUCCGUCUCCUGCGGAAGCCUAUCACGUUCAACAACGUUCCCAAGCUGGAGAGCAUCACGGUCCACAGCAUGGUGAAGAAAGCGUCAGAAGACUCAGCACACCUUCACGUUGCUGGCAUGGUUAUCCAGGCCAUAACAGGCAUUCGCACCACUGCUCACAAGUCCAGGCAGAGCGUGUCGCAAUGGGGGUUGCGUGAAGGCAGAUUUAUCGCCGUCAAGGCCGAGCUCACGGGUGAGGCCAUGUACGAUUUCCUGGGGAAGACAAUCGACCUGGUGCUGCCGAGGAUCAAGGAAUGGAAGGGAGCCAAGGGCACUUCGGGAGACAGCAGCGGCAACAUCGGGUUUGGUUUGCCCCCCGAUGCUGUGGCCUUGUACCCGGAGGUUGAGGUCAAUUACGACAUGUACCCGCCCAAGAUGAUACCGGGUUGCCAUAUCAUUGUGAAGACGUCGGCAAACACCGAUAUGGAGGCAAGAAUGCUGGUCAACGCCGUUGGUAUUCCGUUCUACGGCAAGUUCAGGAACUGA